AAUUUUUAAUGUAAAAUAAUUUUUGUUGGGUUAAAAAAUAAAAAAAAAUAACUAAACAAUAAUAUGAAUAUAAUAUAAAAUAGAAGUUUAAGGCUAAGUGGGAACAUAACCCACUCAUAGUUCAUAGUACCAAGAACAGUUGUUCAAUUGAAUUAGUUAUUGUAACCUACAAAAAAAUAACCAUGUUAAAAAUCUAUCCUAGCGUUGAACGAUCCAUAAUACAGGCUUCUAUUAUAAAAAGAACUGCCUCACAUAAUGCUCCUAAAGAGAAUGGUUUAAAUUACUGUGCCAAUAUUGUAAGACAGCAUGAUUACGAAAACUAUUUGGCAACUCUUCUUAUGACAAAAACCAUUCGAUCACCAGCAUUGGUAGUCAGAGCAUUCAAUGCAGAAAUUGCUCGAAUUCAAGAUCAAACAUCAGAUGCACAGAUAGCAUCUAUGAGAUUACAAUUCUGGCAAGAUGCUCUUGGUACUAUCUACAAAAAAGCUGAGGACUUGUCUGGUAUACCGGCAAAUCCUGUAGCUCAAGAAUUGUUCAAAGUGUGUAAAAGUUAUAAGCUACCACAAAUGUAUUUAGAAAGAUUAAUAUCAUCCAGGAGUAGCAUACUCAAAAUGAAAUAUUUUCGCACAGUAGAAGAUAUAGAAAAACACUCAGAAAACUCAGUUUCAUCAGUCUAUUACCUCCUUCUUAGUAUAGCUGGAAUAGCAAAUGUACAUGCAGACCAUGCUGCGUCACAUUUAGGAAAAGCCCAGGGGAUAACUAAUAUAUUAAGGUCUAUUCAUGUAUCCAAUCAUCAUAAGGUGGUCUCUUUACCAAUGGAUGUUUUAAUGAAAUAUAAAAUAAGCCAAGAAUCAAUAUUGAGGGGCAUAGAUAAUGAAGAUAUGAGAAAUGUUGUUUUUGAAGUUGCAAGCAGAGCAAAUAGCCAUUUACAAAAAGCCAGAGCUAUUGAAGUGCCAAAAAUAGUUCACCAAAUACUUUUACCAGCUACUGCAGUUGAAAAUUAUCUAAAGAAGCUCCAGAAAAAUAAUUUUAAUGUUUAUGAUCUAUCAUUGCAGAAGAGAAACCCAACGUUACCUUUUCAUUUAUAUUAUAAAAGGCUUCUUAAUAAAUAUUAACUUACAUAUCUGGAAUGGAUAUGUUAAUGAAAUGUUUUUAA